AUGGGUGCUAGUACUACUGCUAAGCUCACAUUCGUGGCUUUGCUUUCAUGGAGUACCUUUUGCGCUUUGAGUGGUAUUGUUCAAGGGAAGGACGUGGAUAUUCAUGAUAAUGGCUUUGUUGAUCCAAACCGAUGGAGGUUUGGUGGUGACAAUAAUGGUGAUUAUUGUUCUUAUAGAAGUUGGAGGGGCUGUGGGAGUUUCUUUGGAAAAGGUGUGAGAGAUAAUGAAGCAGCUGGCAAUGGUGGUGGUGGAGGAGAGGGUGGUGGCGGUGGCAAUGGAGUUGGUGGGGGCUUUGGACGUGGUGAGGGAUAUGGUGCAAGUGGAGGUAGUAUUGGAGGAGGAGGAGGAGGAGGUGGUGGUGGUGGUGGUGGAGGAGGAGAGGGUGGAAGUAGUGGGUCUGGCCAUGGAGAAGGAUUUGGAGCUGGAGUUGGAGUAAGUGAAAGCGGAGGUGGUGGUGGAGGAGGAGGUGGAGAAGGUGGUGGAAGUGGUACUACCGGAGGAUCUGGUCAUGGUAGUGGAUUUGGAGCAGGUGCUGGUGUUGGGGGAGGUGGUGCUGCAGGUGGUGGUGGUGGUGGAGAAGGAGGAGAGGGAGGAAGCAACAUUGGAAGUGCUGGAGGCUCAGGUCACGGUAGUGGUUUUGGUGUAGGAGCUAGCAUGGGAAAUGAAGGUGGAGGAGGUGGAGGAGGCAGUGGUGGAGGUGGUGGUGGAGGUAAGGGCAAUGGUGGAGGACAUGGUGAAGGUAGUGGAUUUGGUGCAGGUUUUGGUGUAAGCAACAAUGGAGGAGGUGGGGGUGGUGGAGGAGGAGGUGGAGGUGGCUCUAGUGGAGGAGGGGAAGGUUAUGGAAGUGGUUUCGGAGCAGGUGGGGGAAUGGGGGGCAUGGGAGGAGGAGGAGGCGGAGGAGGAGGUGAAGGCGGUGGUGGUAGGAGCAAUAGUGGUGGAGGAUAUGGUCAUGGUAGUGGCUUUGGUGCUGGUAUGGGUAUGAGCGGGAUGGGAGGAGGAGGAGGAGGCGGCAGCGGAGGAGGAGGUGGUGAAAAUGGAGGAGGAUAUGGUAGCGGGGGAGGAAGUGGCUAUGGAAUUGGGGGAGGAAAUGGAGAAGGCAAAGGAGAAAAUAUCAACAACAACAGAAAUGGAAUAGGAAUGGGAUUUGGAAUGGGAAUGGGAUUUGGGUUUGGAAUGGGAACAACAAAUGGAGGAUCUGGUAACACUGCCAUCAAUAUCAAUUCUCACAAACCCUAG